GUGCACGUAUGGCUGAUUUGCAACCCGCCGAAGCAACAGCGGAGAAGAAGAGAAAAUGUCGCUGACUUCGACUCCGACCGUUCUAGGAUCAGUGGCCUUUUAGCAGAAAAAAAAAACCAGACGCCAAUUCGAAUAAAUCCUGUGCUGUGUUGUCAGGAGUAUUUCAGAGCAUCAAUAAUAAACAUAACUAAUCCAUCUGAAAUGUUAUUUUCUUGAUAGAGCAGAAAGAGCAGUUUCCCUUUCUUUGGUUAGCUAUAUCUAUCGCCCUUAGAGUUGUAGAAAGACUAUGUAUCCAGGACUUAAAGGUAAAGCUGAAAUAGUAGUUGUAUCCUUUUAUUCUACUCCUUCUGCUUGAAAUAAAUUUUCUUUGCAAAAAAUAUGGACCCUCCCUCCAGGCUGGUCAGUCUGGACCCCCAAGCAAACAUGGUUUUCACAGUUGUAAAGCCAGUUAUGAGCAUUUUUCAGGUGUCCCCAGAGCAGGGCAGCAACCUAUCAGUAGGUGGCAUGGGGAUGCAAGGUUUAUCCGAAAAUCCAUUAGUGCUCCCUCCGCAGGCACAAGGUCAGGCUCAGUUAGCCCAGAACCACAUGGAAAUGCACAGCACUCAGACUCAGGUUCAGCCACAGAUGCAGGCCGCUGCCCCACACCAGGGGGAGGAAGUCAUCCAACACCAGGAGAUGCCAGCAAACUCGAGCGCAAACUCCGAGUCUGUCGCCGAGAUGCCAUUCGCAGAAGUGUCUUCUCUCCUGGAUCCCAACAUGAAAGGAUCCAAGGCUCGGAAAUAUCUCAUCUCUUAUGAUGAAAUUAAAAGGCGUCUGCAGGCCCCAGAGAAGAUGUCCCUGCGGUCUCUGGCAGCGUACACUCGGGUCAGCAGAGGCCCAGCCAGCAAGAAAACGCUUUUGGAGUCGCUGAGUGUCCUUGGCCUCAUGCCAAGCACGACUACCGCAGUAUCCUCCUCGUUCUCCAAGCUCACUGAAGGUGACAACGGAGCUCUGUGUGAAGAUAUGAAGGAUUUUUCCCAUGACUACAUUGACUACGGUAACAUGGCUAAACAGCUCAUCCCCGAGACGAAUACCGUUCAACAUUGGUCCAAAAUUAUUGAAACAAAGAAUCAUCUUGAGGACAUGAGGAAAUGUUUUAAGGACCCAGUAAACAGUGGUGCGUUUGACAACGUCACCCAUGGCCUCGGUUUAGGCAUGCUGGACGUCGCGCUGGACAUGGUCGUCACGGUGAUCGACCAGCAGAUUCGCAUCCUGUCCGGCGCGGCGGCGUCGGACCCCGCUGACUCGGGUAUGCCGUCCCGCCGCAUCCGCAGGCGCCAACGCAAGCUGCAGUCAUCCGACAGCGAGCGGCCUCACAAGACCUGCGGGGGGGCAAAGGAGCCGGGGAAAAUCCUUUUAAAAAGCAAGGGACGAGCCAGAGACAGGAAGAAGAUGAGGAUGGAUUUGGGGUCCUCUGAGGCUGUUGUGUCGCAGGAAGAGCAGAGCAAGCCGGAUAAUAUGCAGAAUAAUGUCCUCACCCUGGUCUCUGUGGGUUACGAGGCUGUUUCUGGUGGUCUGAAUGAUGCUGCAACUGUUUGACACCUGCUGGAAUCACCAGAUUUAAACCGAUACUCCAGGACAACACACCAGCUAGACUCAGUCACCUAGACUCCUAUGAAGAAAAAAAAAAAGUGAUCAGUCACACUCUGCCACAUCUUUUAGUGUUUUCUGACACCUAAACUCUUUUCAAACACAUAGGCUGUUAGAGGUACAGCUUCUAGACACAGCUCCCGUUUUUCUCACCGUUCCUUGUGUCUACGUUCAGCUUAUUAGCAGGAAAUCCGCAAUUCACAAAAAACCUAUAUUGAUAUAGUAGGAUUAGUGUGCAGUGGUUGAAUUAAAAAAAAAGCAUUGAAAAUACAGGUUUAUCACAAUUAUCGGGUAUUGUUGAAAAGUUAAUCUUAUAUUCAUUUCAAAACUGAAACUUAUGCUAAAUCCUUAAAGACAGAGAGAUGUAUUUCAACCAAUCAUUUCUUUUUGAUGAUUAUGGCUUACAGCUAAGGGAAAAAAAAUGUUCCCCCCAGAAAAUUAGAACGUUUUUUUAAUUCAGAAAUUUGGACCUUUUGAAAAGUAUGUGUAUUGUAUUUACACUAUAGUAUCAGUCCG